AUGCCCAAACUUAAGAAACACAAACUAAUAAACCCUGUGGAGAACCUGGAGGACUACAUAUGCCAGAAACAUGAGAGACCGCUGGAGCUGUUCUGUAGAGAUGAUCAGACGUGUGUGUGUCAGUUCUGCACUGAGACAGACCACAAGAAUCACAACACUGUUCCUAUAGAGGAGGAGAGCGGAGAGAGGAAGAUUCAGCUGGGGAAAACACAGACAGACAUGCAGCAGAUGAUUCAGGACCGACUGAAGAAGAUCCAAGAGAUCAAACACUCAGUCGAGCUCAGCAAAAGAAGCACAGAGAAAGAGAAAGCAGACAGUGUUGAAGUCUUCACUGCUCUGAUUCGCUCCAUUGAGAGAAGUCAGGCUGAGCUGCUCGAGGUGAUGGAGGAGAAGCAGAGAGCAGCAGAGAGGCAGGCUGAAGGACUCAUUAAAGAGCUGGAGCAGGAAAUCACUGUGCUAAAGAGGAGAGACACUGAGCUGGAGCAGCUUUCACACACUGAGGAGCAUCUCCACCUCCUACAGAUUUACUCCUCCGUGUGCAGCCCUCCACACACCAAGAACUGGACUGAGAUCAGUAUUAACACUGAUCUGAGUGGGGACACUGUGAGGACAGCUCUGUCUCAGCUUCAGCAGACUCUGAAUGAGAAACUCACUAAAACACUCAAUGACAAGUUAAAGGAAGCAGAACUGAAGAGGAUUCAGCAGUAUGCAGUGGAUGUGACUCUGGAUCCUGAUACAGCAAAUCCAUAUCUCAUCCUGUCUGCUGAUGGAAAACAAGUGACAUAUGGAGUUGAGCGGCAGAAACUCACUGAUACACCACAGAGGUUUAAUCCGGGUCUCGGUGUUGUGGGAAAGCAGAGUUUCUCCUCAGGGAGAUUUUAUUAUGAGGUGCAGGUCAGAGGGAAAACUGCGUGGCGAUUAGGAGUUGUGAGAGAGAACAUUAACAGGAAGGAGAGGAUUACACUGAAACCUCAGGAUGGAGUCUGGACUGUGGGACUGUAUGAUGAGAAUCAGUACUGGGCUGGUGCUGAUCCCCCUGUCCGCCUCCCAUUGAGAGAGAAGGUGGAGACGGUGGGGGUGUUUGUGGAUUAUGAUGAGGGUCUGGUCUCCUUUUAUGAUGUGAAGUCCAGAUCUCAUAUCUACUCUUUCACUGGUCAGUCUUUCACUCAGAAACUCUAUCCAUUCUUCAAUCCUUGUAAAAAUGAUGGAGGUAAAAAUUCAGCCCCACUGAUCAUCUCUCCUGUAUUAAAGACUAAAUGAA